GGUAUAAAAAUUGAAACUAUGAUGGAAGAAAAUUAUGAAUAUAUACAAUCCGAACCAGAUACCAAAAGACCAUUCCAGGUUGCACGUAUUGGAAAAUGGAAUCUAACAGGUGACGGAGGGUUUGACAUGUUCGUGUUUCUUUCUUUUAACAAAAAAGAGGGAGGGUUUCUAGUUCCUAUUCAGAUUAAAUACUGA